UGAGUGCUGAUCUAUUCCCAACAUUGUCAUGUGCGUUUAUCAGGUAUUGUUUCAUUUGGAUUGAUAUGUGAUUGACUCGUUGAGGAUAAUCAAACUGCAUGUUAGAUUUUCGGGCUGUGAAAAAAAUACUUACUUAAAAGCAAAAUUCUGAAUACACCUCCUCCUGUGGAUUAAAACAUCUGCUUUCACUACCUGCAGCGUGGAAACCACGUGUACGCGUUCUGCCCACCGCUGUGAGUGAUCGCGCGAUUGUCCAAUCCCCUCUCAGGAAUCUGUUUGCAUAAAUCUCCCCGGCCAAUCCGGUGUCUGUAGGCGUGUCUUCCUCUUCGGCUUUCUCCACUUUGCUGGGGCGAUUCAUUUCUCCCCAAACUUUGCCCAACUUCUGCUCACUUCACCCUCGCUUCUCCGGCAGUGAUGCGUAGCUACAGGGCUCCUCCGCUUCUGCUGGCCCUUUUCCUUCUCUCUAUUGGACUGAAGGCAACAGUAGCACGCUCUGUAGAGUACGAGACAGACUUAGUAGUGCCCUCGGAGUUGCAGCAGGAGCAGGUGGAGCUGAUUUGGGAAGCAUCCCGGUGGAGCAGAGGGCGCAGGAGGCGCUCCGAGAACCAGCAUGGCCACCUGUUCGUGUCAUUGCCCGCCUUCAGCCGAGAGCUUUACCUGGAGCUCCAGAGGGAUGAGGCUUUCCUCGCUGAGGGCUUCAUGGUUGAGGAGAGGAGUCGAGGAGAGAGCGUCCAGCGUGAACCAGCUUUUAAAGGACGAGUCUGUUUCUACACUGGCACUGUCUUCAAUUACACUGACUCGUUUGCCUCGCUGGAUACUUGCAGUGGCCUGACUGGCCUGGUUCAAAUGGGUGAUGAGACUCUGUUUAUCAAGCCUGUUCGCCAGGAACGUGAGUCUUUCUCCGGCACGGAACACAAAGUCAUCAGACAAAAACGUUCUUCUGACAAAACAUCCCGGUCCAUACGUGAUGGCCCAAAACGCUGCCGAGUCAUUCAAGGGAAGCGUAAGGAUCGGCAGUCUAAAAGCACAGAGGACGCUCGUGGGAGGAGAAACGCCAUUCGGAUGAACGGAGAAUACAUUGUAGAGACGGUGGUGGUGGCCGACGCAGACAUGGUGCAGUACCAUGGAGCCGAGGCAGCACAGCGCUUCCUCCUUACUGUCAUGAACAUGGUGUAUAACAUGUUCCAGCACCAGAGUCUUGGAGUGAAGCUGAAUGUUCGACUCACCAAACUGGUCCUCCUGAACUCCCGCCCAAAGAAGCUGAAGGUCGGCCAUCAUGGAGAGAAAACACUGGAGAGCUUCUGCCACUGGCAGCAUGAAGAAUUCGGAGGGGCUCGAUAUUUAGGAAAUAACCAUGUCCCUGGAGGCAGAGAUGAUCCAGCACCCAUAGAUGUCGCAGUACUGGUCACGAGGACAGAUUUUUGUGUCCACAAAGAUGAGCCUUGCGACACUGUCGGUAUCGCCUAUUUAGGUGGCACCUGCAGCGCCAAGAGGAAGUGCGUAGUAGCCGAGGACAACGGCCUCAACCUCGCCUUCACCAUUGCCCAUGAGCUCGGACACAGCAUGGGCAUGAGCCAUGACGAUGACCAUGCGGCUUGUACAGGCCACUCGCACAUCAUGUCAGGAGAGUGGGUCAAAGGUCGCAACCCUAGCGACCUCUCCUGGUCUACCUGCAGCCGUGACGACCUGGAAAACUUCCUCAGGUCGAAGGCCAGUUCCUGUCUGUUGUACACAGACCCGCGGAGUCGUUACCUGGUGCGUCUUCCUGCGAAGCUGCCUGGCAUGCACUACAGCGCAGACGAACAGUGCCAGAUUCUGUUCGGCACCAACGCAACCUUCUGCACCAACAUGGAGCACCUGAUGUGUGCAGGCCUGUGGUGUCUGGUGGAGGGAGACACAUCCUGUAAGACCAAACUGGAUCCACCUUUGGACGGCACAGAGUGCGGUGCUGAUAAGUGGUGCAGGGCUGGUGAGUGCGUCAGUAAGACCCCAAUCCCUCAGCACAUGGACGGAGACUGGAGUGCAUGGAGCCAGUGGAGCAUGUGCAGCCGAAGUUGUGCUAGUGGAGCUCGAUUCAGGCAGAGGAAGUGCGAUAACCCUCCACCUGGUCCUGGAGGGAAACAGUGUCUGGGGGGCAGUGUGGAGCACAAAGUGUGUGAGGGUCCUCCAUGUGCCAAGGGCUUGCCUACAUUCAGGGACCAGCAGUGCCAAUCUCACGAGCGCCAGGCGGGCAAGAAGAAGAGCCAAAUGUGGGCAGCUGUUAUAAAUGACGAGAAGCCGUGUGCUCUGUUCUGUACGCCAGUGGGCAGGGAUGCACCGGUGCUGAUGGCCGAGCGUGUAUUAGACGGGACACCGUGUGGACCCUACGAGAGUGACUUGUGUGUGCAUGGGAGGUGUCAGAAAAUCAGCUGUAACGGCAUUAUUGGCUCCUCAGCCAAAGAGGACCGCUGUGGAGUGUGUAACGGAGAUGGGAAGUCCUGCAAAAUUGUCAAAGGAGACUUCAAUCACAGCAGCGGCAUGGUCACCCCUAGCCAUUGUAAGAAGGUCUCUACGUGUGUGAUGUCAAAAUCCAGGGCUCUUCCCAAGUGUUUCUCAUGUUAUAUUGAGGCUGCCGUCAUUCCUGUAGGAGCACGGCGAAUCAAAGUUGUGGAAGACCGGCCAUCACACAGCUUUCUGGCAUUGAAAGACUCGAGCAAGAGAUCCAUAAACAGCGACUGGAAAAUCGAGCUGCCGGGGGAGUUCGAGCUUGCCGGCACCACUGUUCGCUAUGUUCGCAGAGGAUUGUGGGAAAAGAUGUCUGCCAAGGGGCCCACUAAGACUCCUCUCCACCUCAUGGUUCUCCUGUUCCACGAUCAGACAUAUGGGAUCCACUAUGAGUACACAGUGUCUCUGAACCAGUCUCAGGAGAGCAACGCAGACAUUCCCAAAGAACCUGAGCACCUCUACCUGUGGACUCACAGCAGCUGGGAGGAUUGCAGCGUGCACUGUGGAGGAGGAGAAAGAAAGACAGUGGUUUCCUGCAUAAGGAUGGUUAAUAAGACCAUGAUGCUGGUGAAUGAGAGCUUCUGUCACCCAGAGAACCGCCCUGCACCUCAAGUUCGUCGCUGCAACACUCAUCCUUGCCAAUACAGAUGGGUGGCAGGUGACUGGGGAAAGUGUUCAGUAACAUGUGGAAAAGGUGCACAACAGCGUGAGGUCGGCUGUGUUUAUCAGCUCCAGAACGGCUCGUUCCUUGCCACACGAGAACUCUAUUGCCUCGGUGUGAAGCCGGAGAGCAUUCAACACUGCGAGGGACGCCACUGUCUCACUGCGUGGGAUGCCUCCGAGUGGAGCCAGUGUUCAUCUAACUGUGGGCAGGGCAUCAGGAAAAGGACAGUGACAUGCACAAAUCCUCAGGGGCUCUGUGACCCUGCCUCCCGUCCCACCCACCAGGAGCCAUGCGAGGAUUACUCAAAAUGCUAUGAGUGGAAGACAGGAGACUGGUCCAAGUGCUCAUCAUCCUGUGGGCGUGGGCUUCAGUCCCGCGUGGUCCAGUGCAUGCACAGAGUGACUGGUCGUCACGGCAGCGACUGUCCCACAGUCCUAAAGCCACCAGCAUACAGGCAGUGUCAUCAGGGGGCAUGCAAUGAAAAAGUUAAUGUCAACACCAUAACUUCACCAAGACUGGCAGCACUGACGUAUAAGUGUACGGGAGAUCAGUGGACGGUGUACUGUCGGGUGAUUCGUGAGAAGAACCUGUGCCAGGACAUGCGCUGGUACCAACGUUGUUGCCAAACUUGCAGAGACUUUUAUGCCAGCACAAUGCCCCGCGAAAGUUAAUGAGCCUGGCACUUCUUACCAUGUAGCAGCUUUUUUUUUUUUUAUGUCCUCUGUAUGUACUGUCAUAAAUGGCACUGUGUAUAUUGUUAUUAAGGAUUAUUGGAUUUUAAAGCAGUAACAGGUAAUUUGAUGCACAUGUCAGAUCUUUCAAAUGGGAUGUUGAAACGUUUAUGGUUUUGACUUGAAAAUGGUGCAAAAGAUCUAUGACUUUUUUUUGUUUUUUAAUUGUUUUGCUGUAAACCAAAGUUGAGAACAUAGGAGGCCAUUGGAGAUGACUUCUUCAGCAUAGCAGCUUGGCUGUUGUACAGUAAGCUGACCAUUUAGGAAAUGAUUGGGCUUACGUUGCUUUCUAAAAGCCACUGGUUGGCCAGUUAUCCCAGAACUGAGCAAUGGGACAUUAUUGUCAUUUUGAUAUCCUAAUCACAUAUUCGUUCUCUUAUCUCUUAUUUCUUCCAGAUUUGUUAGAGAGGUCCAUUAAGUGCCUUAACGAGAUUAUAUGAUCCAGAAUGGCAUGGUUUAUGGGGACAGUUGUACCACAUGAGUUAUGACACAAGCCAUGGUUGUUUUAAGUAAGAUAAUCUAUAACAGCUAAAUAGGUCAGAGCGAAGACUGAUUUUGUGGGAGGACUCUACACUUGUUACACCAACUAAAUGCAUAUAGACCUAUGAAUAUGAAUAAAAUUCACCAGGAAGUACUGAAGGGGAAAGGACUGAAGGUGAAAGACAUGCUCUUGCUUAGGUAGUGGUCACUUAUGUUUUUUGCAACUUUAUCUAGGUGAAGUUUGACCUGUGAUUUCACAAGCCUCUGUCUUAUGAGCCAGUAGAAACCAAGUGGUUGGGACUUGUCUUAUUGGUCUGUAACAAAAUGGAGGAGCUUAAGUAGCAAAUCACACCAGACCUGCUUGCUAGGAUUUUCUUGUUAGCAAUGUUGAUACCUCUGCACAUAAAUACACUACAGCCUACCAAAAGCUCAUUUUCGAAAUCUUGCGAAAAAAACGAGGCAUGCAAGAUGGCACCUGCACCAUUUGGAAUACCAAAACAAGUGUUCAGCUAAGACCUGUCAUAGCAGAGAUUCUAGGGGAGGUUAGGACUCGAGUUUUUUAAAUUUUUUUAACAUUGCUAGGUUUUAACACACAGGAUGUGUGAGAAACGGACAAUUAAUAGAGACCACAGGUUCCCAACCCUGGUUCUGGUAUACCCUCUGUCCUGCGCAAACACUUAAAUGUGCAGGACAUGGUGUUCUCCAGGACCAGGGUUGGAAGCCUGAAGUAUACAUAAUAUUGACAGUUUAAGAAAACGUAAGCAUCAUAAGCUGCAGGACGGUAACAGAGACAGUGCAAAUUUGCUGUUUCUCGUCACCGUAGCUUGUGUAUGUACUGCAGAAAAAACACCAGUGUGGCAUACUUCGUACAAUGUAAAGUUUUGGUGAUUAAUUUGAUUUUUUUUAUUAUUAUUUAGAAAUUUAUUUACACCAGAUAACACCACCUGAAACUGUCCUUUCAUUGACAUUAAUCCUACUUUAAUCUAUUUUCCCAUUAUUACAAAGCAAGUAAUGUUAAAGGUUAAUGUUAAAAGAGUAAAAUCAAUCUUAUAAUGACUAGGCCAACUCAAAUCUUUUUUUUUUCCACAAUAAUUUUUUCAUUGUCAGCAAAAUUGAUCAAACACCCUAUUUGAUUUCUCUCUUUCCAUGGCUACGGGAUUAACACAGAUUUAUUUAACUAUAUCUGUACUUAUUUUUCCAACUUUUUUUGUUUUGUCACCCUAAAACAUUAAUUUCAACGUAUUUUCCUUUUGAAUUUCAUUGUUUCAAAGUUUUAGUAAGUACUGUUCAUGUUUGCUAUUUUUCAGUAACAACGUUGCACAUUUGUUUACAUAUGUAAGAAGAGUGUAUGUUUAACUAGCAUACAGCUGUUCGUAUUUCCAGGAGUCGUGUUCAAAUCAUAGCAUUUUUAUUUUAUCUACAAUGAAAUCGUUGGGCACAAUUAUAAACAAAAAAUAUAAAUAUAAACAAAAAUAACCAGGUUUUAACUUUUAAUAACUCCUGAUGACACCAUCAGUAAAGUGUUUAUAACUGGUUAUAGGCUCACAUGCAGCUGCAUGACUUUGGAUCACAGGUGUAAAAUGUGAACUAAAUUAAUUUACGCUAUACAAAUGUCCCUCUGUGCGUGCGUGUGCGUGUGUGUGCGCGUGUGUGUGCGUGUGUGUAUGUGUGUGUGUGUGUAUGUGUGUGUGUUUUAGAUAGCUUAGAUACCGUGGUCCCUGUUUUCUCAGGCAGUGCAGGGUUCAUUUGGUGCUAGACAAAUUUCACUACUGUGGAAUUCAACCGUUUCUGUUUUUUCCUGUUUUUCUCAUGAUUGUUCUUCCCUAUGUAUUUUCUGACACAUAUUUUUUGUGAUGAUUAUUUAAUACUAAAAUGUAGCUACCUUACUAUUUCAGAGAUUUCAGCCUAUUGGUGCAAAUUGCUUCAUCACCAUACUGCUAUGGUGCAGAUAUGCAUAUAUAUUCCAGUACUGUAUGUCUUUAGUUGCACAUGAUUGGUACGUAAUCUACAUUUUUUUGAUGGUGCUGAUUUGAUUACAACUGUUUAAAUGGUUAUGCAAAAAUAAAUUAAUCUUAUAACACAUGGAACUUGUGU